AAUUUGUACAUCAUUAUUCUCUCUCAGGAAACCAUGAAAAAAGCUACUGCAUCAAUCUUGCUCGGAAUACUAGUGAUAUGUUGCUGCAACGAGGCAUCGAACGCGGAUUACGCCCUAUACAAAGAUCCGAAGCAGCCGUUGAAUCGAAGAAUAAAUGAUCUAAUGAAAAAGAUGACAUUAGAGGAGAAGCUCGGCCAAAUGGUGCAGAUUGAGAGAUCUGUCGCAUCUCCACAAGUCAUGAGCAAAUAUUUCAUAGGGAGUGUGCUGAGCGGGGGAGGCAGUGUCCCGGCCCCACAAGCGACCCCCGAGGCGUGGGUGGACAUGGUCAACGAGCUCCAGAAGGGUUCUUUGUCGACCCGCCUCGGGAUUCCCAUGAUUUAUGGGAUUGAUGGAGUACAUGGGCAUAAUAAUGUGUACAAUGCCACCAUUUUCCCUCACAACAUUGGUCUAGGUGCUACUAGAGAUCCGCAACUGGUGAAGAGGAUCGGAGUAGCAACUGCUCUUGAAAUCAGAGCUACAGGAAUUCCAUAUACUUUUGCACCUACUAUUGCGGUGUGUAGAGAUCCAAGAUGGGGUCGUUGCUACGAGAGCUACGGUGAAGAUCCAAGCAUAGUUCGCGCAAUGACAGAACUCAUACCCGGUUUACAAGGAGACAUACCGCCUAAUUCUCCAAAGGGCGUGCCAUACCUAGGCGGACAAGACAAGGUGAUAGCUUGCGCGAAACACUACGUUGGCGAUGGCGGAACAACCACCGGCAUCAACGAGAACAACACGAUAGCAACAUGGCACCAAGUGAUGAGCAUCCACAUGCCCGCCUACUUCAACUCCAUCAUCAAGGGCGUCUCGACCGUCAUGGUCUCCUACUCCAGCUUAAACGGCGUCAAGAUGCACGCUAACCGCGACCUCGUCACCGGAUUCUUGAAGAAAACCUUACGAUUCAGAGGGUUUGUGAUAUCAGAUUGGCAAGGAAUUGAUAGGAUUACUUCUCCACCUCAUGCUAACUAUACUUACUCAAUCCUCGCCGGAGUUAACGCCGGAAUCGACAUGAUUAUGGUUCCGUACAACUACACUGAAUUCCUCGAUGGCCUAAAAUUUCUAGUUGAAAACAACUUCGUCUCCAUGAGUAGAAUCGACGAUGCGGUCAAGAGAAUCCUAAGGGUCAAAUUCAUAAUGGGCCUAUUCGAGCACCCGCUGCCCGACUACAGCAUGACCAAGUACCUAGGCAGUCAGGAACAUCGGGAACUGGCGAGGGAAGCGGUGAGAAAGUCAUUGGUGCUACUCAAAAACGGCGAUUCGAGUCACAAACCAUUGCUCCCACUCGACAAGCACGCGCCAAAGAUCUUAGUCGCCGGCACACACGCCAACGACAUCGGCAACCAAUGCGGAGGCUGGACCAUCCAAUGGCAAGGCCAGAGCGGCAACAUCACCUCCGGUAUGCAUAUAUCCAAAUUUUAUUUAUACCAUUUUGCGGUGGUGGUGGUGGGGGAAGUGCCGUACGCGGAGACGAACGGGGACAGCCUGAAUUUGACCCUGCCCAAGCCCGGGCCGGGCAUUAUAUCGAACGUGUGCGGUUCGGUCAGGUGCGUGGUGGUCCUGGUCACGGGGCGGCCCGUGGUGAUCGAGCCGUAUCUCGGGCAGAUGGACGCCCUGGUGGCGGCGUGGCUGCCCGGGACGGAGGGGCAGGGCGUGGCCGAUGUUUUGUUCGGGGAUUUCGGGUUUACGGGCAGGCUGCCCCGCACUUGGUUUAGGACCGUGGACCAGCUGCCCAUGAAUGUUGGGGAUAAGCAUUAUGAUCCGUUGUUCCCCUUCGGGUAUGGGCUCGCCGCAUAACCCCGAAAACCAAAUAUCCGGAUCGAGACAGUGAAGAUGAGACCAUAUAGUAAUUGAGCUUGUUUCUUUCUGUUUUAUGAAAUUGUUUUUUUGAGUACUCCAUCAGUCCUAAGGAAGAUCAGUCAUUUUGGGAUGGAGUGAGUAUCAAUUAUUGUAAAUCUUCUUAUUUAAAGGUUUCAAUUGAAUUGAAGAGGUGACAACG